CUAAAGCCGGGCGCUGCGCGUCCAAACAUUCUCCGACGGGCUUCUCGCACUCACUCAGUCGCAGCGAUGGGCUUCUUCAACUUUGGCAGUCUAUUUAGCAAGGAGCAAUGUAAGCUCGCGCCUGCGCAGGCCCCAGAGGGACUGAAGUUGGCGACGUUCGCGGGCGGCUGCUUCUGGGGCAUUGAGCUGGCCUACCAGCGCGUGCCGGGCGUGGUGGCCACCACCGUGGGCUACACCGGAGGCGCCGACAAGAACCCCAACUACGACUCUGUGUGCAGCGGCCGGUCGGGGCAUGCUGAGGCCAUCCAGUGCACCUACGACCCCAAGCAAUGCAGCUACGACUCCCUACUGGACACGUUCUUCGCACGUGUGGAUCCAACCACCCUCAACCGCCAGGGCAACGACCGCGGCACGCAGUACCGCUCCGCCAUUUACUACCACGACGAGCAGCAGCGCGCGGCGGCGGCGGCGCGCAUCGCGGCGGCCAACAACGCCAUCGCGGAGGGCAAGGCGCCGUCGCGCUGGGCUGGCAGCCGCGUGGUGGCGCAGCUGGAGCCGGCGGGCGACUACUACAUCGCGGAGGACUACCACCAGCAGUACCUGUCCAAGGGUGGGCGCUUCGGCCAGGCGCAAUCAGCGGCCAAGGGCUGCAACGACCCCAUCCGCUGCUACGGCUGAGCCGCUGUUGAGUCCUGAAGGCUUUAUUGGAGCGGAGAGUGCGUGUGCAUGCGGGCUUUUGUGACUGAUGUAUAGCCAAUGCGUUGUUGGAGGAUGGGGGAUGCGUCCGCGUGCCAACGCAAAUGUUCGCUCGUUGUGUUGUACGUGCCGUGGCAUUUUGCUGAGAUCCAAGCUCCACCUCAGGGCCUUGAUUGUGCUAUGGCUACGGGGUACUCCGUGGGUAGCUUGCGCCCGACUGUAGAUGGCGUGAUUAUGGCGCAGGGGAGUCCCGGCAGGUGAUGGGAGGCGUCGAGGUGGCAACCGUCCCUGCCACGGCCGAUUGCUCGAAGACAAUGAGGCAAACUUUGAGGCGCCCCGCUUGAGCUUAUGUAAGCUUCUGACUUACUCGCACCUUACAGCAACUGUUUGACCAACAGCGACCUUAAGACGCGCGCGGUCUUCCUGAAAGAAAGAAGCAAUUCUGUCGCUUGUGUGUUGUAACGCCUGGGAUAU